GAAAAAAAUAAAAAUGAAUUUGCAAAAUUUCGGUUUUUUCCAAAUAUCUUCGGAAGUAUUUGGAAUUUUUCAAAUUCUAGGGUUAUUCAAAAUUUAAUAAAAAUCAAGGUGCUCUUAAAAGUGGUCCUUAUUUUGUUUUGAGUAGUUUAGUUUCGAAAGAAGAAAAGAAGUGGGAUAACAGAUCCUAGAAGGAGGGGAUUUGAAUUUCUCAUUGGCGAGAACCGAGAACAGGUAUGUAUGUCAUAAUAGUGCGGCAAAAGUGAGCAUUCAAACCUGAGGUUUAGUUACACUGUUAUCAAAUUAAUAUUUUGAAUUUUUAUAAUGUGAAGGAAUGUGUAAUGUGUGACGUCACUUAUCGUAACUUCCACACAAUACCACGAGAUGGCACACUUUCUUUUAUGCAGUUUACUUACUUACUUAUUUGGCAUCUGUUCCUGUAAUAACUGAAACCUGGUUAUCUCCAGACGAAGCAGUCCAUUUUGGUUUUGAUGGGUACAGAUCAAUUUAUGUUAGUAGAGAUAAAAGAGGUGGAGGCAUUGGCAUUCUACUUAACGAAAAAUAAAACUUGCAAAACAUAACUCAAACUGUUCCAUGAUCUUUAUUUUGGUGGAAGAAUGUGAUAUUAUUAUAGGAAUAAUAUAUAGAUCACCAAACUUUGAUUACAAUUUAUUUUUGCAAACCUGUGAUGAGAAAUUGAAUGUUAUUGCUAAUAAAAAAAAAGACAGCCUGGAUAUUUGGAGAUUUUAACCUGAACAUUUUAAAUUCGAGCCCACAGCAGCAAAUACUUCAGCUCACAAUUGAGUCAAAUGGAUUUACCAUAAUCAAUAAUCAUAUACCAUCAAGAGUAACCCAACAUUCUAAUACCUUGAUUGAUUAUGCAUUAACUAAUAAUAGUAAUUAUGACUUAAGUUUGUCUCUAAUAGAUAGUGCAAUUUCAGACCACCGACUGCAAUACUUGAGCAUAAACUUAAAAAGAAUUAACUCCAAGUGCAAUAGUUAUACAGUAACCACUUUAAAUAAAGAAGCUUUUAAGGCAAAUUUAGCUGAAAUUGAAACCUUAAACUGGUCUAAUCCUAAUUUAUUAUGUGAUCAAAUAAUACGUUCUUACAAUAACAAUUUGCAUAAUAGACACUAUAGAAAUAGAUUUCGUUCUAAAAGUGCUCCUUGGUAUAGUGUUAGAAACUUUGAAUUGAUGAGGAGGCGGGACUUUCACUAUCAACAACAUAAAAUGUUUCCACACAGUGCUCAUUUACUUGAACUUUACAAAUCAACCCAAAAAGAAUAUAGAAAAUCACUAAUUGACUCGAAAAAGGCUUAUUAUAAUACCGAAAUAAGUAAAGCAGGGAAUGAUGUUAAACAGAUAUGGAGAACACUAAACACUAUAAUCAACAACUCCAAACCCAGGAAAGACCGCUUGUUACCCAAGUUAGUACAUGAAGGAAACACUGUGCAGAACUCGCAGGAUGUUGCCAACUUGCUAAACCAAUACUUUUCCGGAAUUGCUGCAGAACUAGCAAAAAACAUCCUCCCAACAAUUUUUUCCCCUCAACUCCAACCAGCUUUUACUGCCUAUAUACACUGGUCAGCAAAAUUAACGCACCACUCACUUAUUUCUAUUUUAAUGAGGUUGGAAUUGGAACUAUGGAUUGGCUAGCAAACAGUUCUGAUUUUUACCCAAUUGAGGAUGGCUGGGAUAUGAUUUGUCGCCAUUUUUAAGAGCUUCCUAACCCUCCUAAUACUUUGAAUGGGCUUACUGGAGAUAUUGUCAAAAUAUUGAAUAAUUUGGAUUGAAGCCAGAUAAGGCCCGUAAUUUUAACAUGAAAAAUCGCUGCCGUGCUAUUUUUCAAAAUAUAGGAGGAAAUACCGGUUAUUAAUUAUUUUUAACUAAAGUUAAAUUUUUUUUUUUUUAAUUUUCUUGUUUUUUUUUUCUUACCUUCUUUUGCAAUUUUAUCUUUUGUUAAUACCCUUAUUAGAUCAGAAUAAGAACAUAUUUAAUCAAGACAUAAAAAUAUUUGGUCAAAAAUAUGAAAUAAAAAAUAUUUUUCAAAAAUAGUAGUGGUGCGUUAAUUUUGCUGGCCAGUGUAAAUCAAUGGGAACCUGUGACUACAGAGGAGGUCACUGCAAGUAUAAACAAAUUAAAACCAGGAAAAUCACCUGGAACUGACAGCUUGGGCAUUGAUACAAUCAAGGAAUUGAAAAAUGAAAUAUCGCCUAUUUUAUGUAAGUUGAUAAAUCUUGUUUUUAAUACAGCAUCUGUACCAAGUUUGUUUAAAAUGGCCAAGGUUGUCCCUUCAUUUAAGGGUGGAAUGGAACUAAACAACUACAGGCCCAUUUCCCUGCUCCCAGCUAUGUCUAAGGUAUUGGAAACCUGUGUAAAUAUGAGAUUAACCAGUUAUUUGAAUGGAAUAAAUUUUUGGUAUGCGGGUCAAUAUGGAUUCAGAAAGCACUGCAGUACCUCCUCAGCAACUACAGACCUAAUUACAAAUAUUUAUGAAAAGGUUGAUAAGAGAUAUAAGUGUGUACUUGUCUCGCUGGACUUAAGAAAAGCUUUUGACACAGUAAAUCACAAAAUUCUCGUAGAGGUGCUUGAAAAAACUGGUAUUGGAGGUUCAGCACUACUAUGGUUUAGGGACUAUCUGUCCGGCAGACUACAGUAUGUUGAAUGUGAAGGCAACAGAAGUAAAAUAGAAAACCUUGUACACGGAGUGCCCCAAGGCUCAAUUGUGGGACCCACACUCUUCCUAGUCUACAUGAACUCACUGUCAUACAUACCUCUUCAGGGCUCUCUCAGUUUAUAUGCAGACGAUACUUGCAUCACUUAUUUUGACAAGGACCCUGCUAACUUAAAAAUCAUAAUUGAAGAAGACUUAGUUUAAAUGUGAAAAAAUCAAGCUAUAUGGUAAUAUCAAAGUUUGAGUCCUGGCCUGACUUCACAAUAAACUUCCAGGGUCUCCCAUUGACUCGUGCAGACUGCAUCAAAUACCUGGAACUCUUUGUCGAUUCAAAACUUACUUGGGAUAUGCACAUCUUGCAUAUAUGUAAAAAGGUUACACUAGCAAUUGGAGUACUUGGUCGAAUAUCUGACUAUCUGUCCAUCACGAAUCGUAAGAUGAUAUACAAUUCCCUCAUCCAUUCUCACAUAUCAUAUCUAACUCUGCUAUGGGGCAAUGCUUCCCUGAACAAACUGCACCCAUUGUCGGUUCGCCAGAAUCGUGCUAUAAAAAAAUUGUUUGGGCUGCCAUUUCUGUUUCCAACAAAAGAAUUAUAUUAUCCGAAUGGCAUCCUGGACGUUCACUCUCUGUAUAUCUUGCAAUCGUGCAUCUUUAUCCAUUCUUGUAAGACUUCCAAUAUUCACUCUACAAUAAGUCUCAUCCCAGCCAACACAGUCCAUCAGCACAAUACCAGACUCAAUGAAAACUUAAAAACGUCGGCAAUGAACAGUACAACUGGCCAACGCAGCAUCUUAUCAGAAGGACUAAGGUACUACAAUCGAAUUCCACAACCUGUUAAAAGAUUGAACAUAACUUGCUUCAAGUGUAAGCUGAUCUUCGAUGGAUACUUUGGGACUGUACAAUGAAAGACUUUAUCUGCAAUUUAGAGCUAAGAUACUCAUAAAUGCAACAACUUUGUGAUACAGUACCUACUUGUACUGGAUAUUUUCUCUUGUGUGAUAUUGUAUAAUGUAUAAAAUAAUACGGUAUAUUGUAAUAAUGUUAUAUGUGAUACUGAAUGACCCGUAUAGCCUUCCAGCUCAGGGUCUCUAGUUUAGGUUCAUACAAAAAUAUUAUUUUGAUAGAGUUACAAUUUAGACACAACCCGAAUAGGAUAGGAAGGAUUACAGUGACUUAAUAAACCUUCACAGACAGUGGCGACAAUAGAAGUCCCGCCUCCAUAUUUAAUUGGUGAAUAAAAAUUAUAAAAGCCCCAAAAAUAUGAAAUUUUCUUGAAUCCUUUUAUAAGACAUUAGAGCAAGACAUACUAAAAGUUCAGAGCAAUUGAACAAAGGACACAAAAGUUACAAAGUAAUUUAUACAAAUACAUAGUUUUUGGAGGAAUGAAAUAUGAUAAUCUCACAUAAACAAGGUAAUGCUGCUGGAUUCUAUUUUACGAGUCGAGUUGACAUUUGUAUUGAAUUGUCAAAAUAGCGAUUCUGUUUUUCAAUUUUUAUGUUUUACACGGUACGUCCGGAGUUGUUGUAUUUGAUAUCGAGACAAUUCGACUCGAUUCGUAAAAUAGAAUCCGGGGGCUGGUUGGGGAAUUGAGCUUAAGUCAUUGUAGAAAGUACCCUUCAGUGGCGCCAUCUAUUGACGAUUCCCUCAAAUAACCAUAGGUGACGUCAGGUCAGAAUCUUCUGGUAGGGCCCCCGUCCAAUCGCUGAUCUUGCCCAACCGAUCCCCUUUGCUGAAGGGCUGGUAGGGCAUGUCCUUGAACUGGUCGGGCAGUUCGCACGGGCCCCAUCCGGUCGGGUUGUCUUGGAUCACCGGAGCCUCGAACAGAAUCGCUUCGCCUUCUUGCUGCUGAUUUUCCGUCAUCGUCAUUUACGAAAUUUGCACAGAAUAUGUUUACGGAAAAAUGCUUGGACGAAAAAAGGAGUUUCUAACCUCAAAUUUUUGUGUUGGUUGGCUUUUUGACAAAUGGAUGCGACGUUGCCAGGUUUAAUAAAUGUUGCUCCAUAGACCAUAGAAAAAUUAUCUGUUUUUGUUGUAUUUAAAUAAAUUGAUUAUUCGUAGUCAAAAUUAUGAUGGAUUUCUAUAAUUAUUAUUAUUGUCGGUUCACUACUCUACUUACUGGCAAUACUGCUAUCAUCUUUUCGUUUGGUUAAUAAUAAUUUCAGGGAAAUUUGGCAACGUUGCUGCGUUAAUAGUUGCAAACUCCAACAGCUUUUAGUAAAAAAAGAAGAGCUGACGUCAUUGCUGUCAUUAAAUUUUUCACAUUUAAGCAGCCAUUUUACUAUUGAUUGCUCGGAGCCAUUUAAUUGUGGUGUGUUUUCCAGUGCGAUUUUGGUCCAGCACGAUGUCGGCCCACGACCAAAUGCGCGCAAUGCUCGACCAGCUCAUGGGCACUGGAAGAAACGGUGAAACCAACAAAUUCCACGUGAAAUAUAACGACCCGAGAGUGUGUAAGUCGUUUUUGCUGAGCUGUUGUCCUCACGAGAUCCUUUCCUCGACGCGCAUGGACUUGGGCGAAUGUCCAAAAAUUCACGAUUUGGCCUUGAGAGCCGACUACGAAAACGCUCAGAGGAGCAAAGACCACUUUUACGAUUUGGAUGCCAUGGAGCAUCUCCAAGCCUUCAUCAGCGACUGCGACCGACGAACGGAAUCGGCCAAGCAACGCUUAGCCGAAACCCAAGAAGAACUAUCAGCCGAAGUAGCCGUGAAAGCCAACAGCGUGCACGAACUUCAAGAGCAAAUCGGUCAGAAAUUGGCCAAGGCUGAACAACUGGGAGCUGAAGGAUUCGUUGACGAAAGCAUGAAGCUCAUGGAAGAAGUCGAAGAUUUGAGAAAACGCAAAAUGGAAGCCGAACAAGACUAUAGAAACUCGAUGCCAGCCAGCAGCUAUCAGCAACAAAAACUGAGAGUUUGCGAAGUUUGCUCGGCCUAUUUGGGCAUUCACGAUAACGACAGGCGUUUGGCUGAUCAUUUUGGUGGCAAGUUGCACUUGGGCUUUAUUAAAAUCCGCGAAAAAUUGGCCGAACUCGAGAAAACUUCGGACAAACGCAAGGAGGAACGCAAGAAGGCUUUCAAAGACAAGGACAGGGAGGACGAUUAUACUGGCAGACGUUUUAGGGAACAUUACGUGGGUGGGAGGGAGUUAGACAGGAGAUCUCGUAGGCACAGGUCUAAGUCUAGGGAGAGACGCGACAAUAAAGACAAGAAGGAUAAAGGCGACAGGGAUAAUAAGGAACGCGGAGGUGAUAAUAAUCGUGAUAGAACUGACAGGAAAAGGUCUAGGAGUCCUAGGAGCAGAGACAGAAGCAGGAGAUCUCACUCACACCGAUCAGGCUCAAAUGAUAAAAGAAGGGAUAGAGAAUAAAAAAAAUAAUAAUUUUAGUAUGUAAUUUUAAUUAAUAGUUUCAUCACAUUUAUUGGGCUUAAUUGUAUAACUAAACAGAUAUUAUUAGGCUUGUGGCCUGGAAAAAAAAUUAUUAUUUAAUGUUGUAGAUAAAGUAUUGUACCUUUUCUGUUCAAUAUACCUAAUAAAGUUUCAAACGUUUAAAAUUUGUCUGUCUUUUUUCAAUUGACCCUGGUACCUUUUCUGAGCAAUCCGCUCUAUAUUGGCCUUUUCAAUUCUCCUUCUGAUCCUCUCAAGACUGGCCUCUGAAGGUUGAGGCUUUUCGUACAAGGAAUCUCUCACGCAUGCCCUCAAUUUUUCUAGACAAUCUGCCAAAUUGAGUUGCUGAGACCUUGUGACGUCAGAGCGAAAUAUCAAGUGGCCUUCUUUGCUCAAUUUAGCCCCAUAUUUUUCUAGGAUUUUGGAUUUCACUUUGUCGCUAAGCCAAUUUGCCUUUUGCAAGUGAAACCUGAUGUCAACUUUCGUAUUGACUUUGUUCACGUUUUGGCCUCCGGGCCCCGAACUACGGCUGUAAGUGAUUUCUAAUUGGUCCAGAGGGAUGUAGCCGUCAAAAUCAGGACUCUGAGCUAAUGAAGACUAUAACAUUGAUUUAUAGUAAUUGGUUUAAAAUAUUGUCUGUAAUUACCUUUGAAGGGGUGGUCAGUUUGAGGCUACUUUGGGGGUGCAAUUUUUCCAAAGACAAGUCGCUUUUAUAGGUUCGAAUGGGGUAUUUAGAUAAUGGUCCCGAGGUGAAUAAAGUGAAGCUUUUCCGUAAGAGGCUCAUGAUUUGUUUGGUAGUUUAGGGAUAUUAGGUUUAGGACGAUUUUAAAUCAAAAUUUGAGGUUAUGUGAAUUAUGAAUCCAAUUCAUCUGUCAAAAAGGAAAAUUCAAUAUGGCGUGGCGACCAUGCAAGUCUGUUUUGAAAAUGUUUUUAUGCGUAUUUUAAAUUGUUUUGCUUAGAGAUUUGCUUGCAACUUUGAUUUUGAUUAUUUAAUAAAAUAUUUGUUGACGUAUCUAAACUAUUAAAUCGGGCAGAAAUUAGAUAUUUUUGUGUUUUUUGGCCCAUGUGUGCCCGCCACGCCAUCUUGAGUGUCACGUGGUUUGGAUUGCCUAUUAAAAAAAGAAGAAUGUUGACAGAACGACCAGAACGUUUACUCAACAUAACAUAACCUUAGUUUUUUUUGUCAAUAAACUUUUAUUUUAAAAACUUAAAAUGCAAAUAAUCAUAAAAUUCAUUGGGACUCCUUCUAGUCAAAAGCCUUCUCCGGAAGGCAACAAUACAACGUCUGCCAAUGUAGACGAAACCACGACGGUAAUGGACCUCAAAAAGAAAGUGGAAAAAGACUUGAAAAUUCCAGUUGCACAGCAGAAUUUGGUUUUUGCUGGGACACCUUUGAGGGACGAUCUGAAAAUCGUCGAUUAUCGUGUAAUAAAAGAGGGCAGCAAAAUAUACUUGUUGACAAAAAAGCAGGUCACUUUACCCUAUGCCCUCCAAAAAUUUUUAAAUCAAUAUUAUUCGGGAGAUCAGAGCAAAAUAAUCGAGAAUGAGUUUAUGAGAAACUUCCGCAUUAAAGUUGACAAUAUGAGUUUGGACGAUUUAGAAAGGAUUGCAAUAGCAAAUCUGAAUCAAGAAAGUUAGUAACAAUAUUAACAUCUUUAACUUAUUUUAUAAUAAAUACAAUCUAACUGAACCAAAAAAAAUAUGUAUUUUUAUUUGAUAUUUUCAUCUCUAUUUAUUUAUUUGUGGUUUUAAUAAAAGGUCUGUUUCUGAAGAAACCACAAACCAGUCAGGACCGGUAUUCUCGUUUUCGAGAACGCUCACUGCUUUUAAGUCGCUCGGUACUUCUAAUGUAAAUUCAAAUGAAAAGUGCCGAGCGACUAAAAAGCGGUGAGCGUUUUCGAAAACAAGAAUACCAGCCCAGAGUGAAUUUCAUUGGUUGAAAACAGUCAGAAAACUAGUAUCAACCAAUGAAAUUCACUCCAACUGGUUUGUGAUUUCUGGUCAGACCUACUCAUUUGCAUUUGUGCUCAAGUGAAUACUAGGCUUUAAAAUGUAUAUGAAUGAUAAUUAGGGUGAAAUUUUCAAUUAGCCUAAAUAACAUAUUAUUUACUCUUUUCAAUUAUUUACAAAACCAGAAAAAUAUUGUACUCACUUACACAGUGCUAAUAAAAUUAAAAAUAUAAAUACUUAGUAAAGCUAUAAAGUCUGAAAAAUAAAGUUUCCUUUGAUAAAAGGCAAAUAUUAUCUAAUUUACAAAGAAUCCUCUGUCAGUUCCAAAAAUUGAGCGCAAUGUUCCCUUACACAUUCGCCCUUCAAAUUGAAGACGAAUUUGUAGUAGGAACCGUCAGCGCAAACAACUAAAAAAUAAAACAAUCAAAACAAUAAAUUGCACCAAAAAAUACUUACCAAUUAUAGAGCAAUUGUCUUGUCCAAAGGCGCAUAUACAAGGCGGCCCAUUGGGGACUGUAAAUUUGCAAAAUGACCAUGUAGAAGAGAAAUAUUUAGGCAAAAAUACAGCAUUGGCAAGGCUGGACUGUUUGUUUAAUUUAGUAUCAUCCAAAGCAAAAAUGUGAAUUGUACCAUGGUCAGAAGACACACACAAUAAUGUAGAGGAAUUAUUAAAACUUAUACAAUAAAUUGAAGCCUAAAAUAAUAUAUUAUUGAAUCAUAUUUUUAUAUAAAUUAUUGUAGUUCUCACUUGAUUGGCUCCUCUACGAAGUUCAUGCAGUUUUUCUCCAGUAGAAGUAUCAAAAACCCUAAUCAAAGUCCCCUUUUCACUUGCAGUGCCUAAUCUAGUGCCUUGCAAGUUUAAAGAAAUACAAUUUAUAUGUGCUUCGUGGGCUGAUAUAUCAAGUGGGGGCCUUUCUGUAUUAGCCAAGUCAAUUAACUAAAAUAGUUUUUUGAUAAUAUAAGUACAUAGAAAGAUUAUUAUAUGAUAAUUCAGGCCCUACUUGAACAAAUCCAGUUUUUCUACCAGGAAAAGCCAAUAUAGAGUUAUUACUAUUAGGACACAAAACACAAAGCCCUUUAGGAUUGGAGCAAGUCUCGAAAACAUGUAUUUGAGUGGGCGUUUGUGUAAAAGUAUAAACUUUAAUCACUCCAUCUAAAACCACUACAAUUCUGUCACGUCUCAGACGUACCCCCAAUACUGGAUCAUUGAAUUCCAGGUAAAUAGGGGUGGUUUUACGCAGAUCGUCCCAAAUCAUUACCUAAAUUGAAUUGUAGUAAAUUGGAUAUAAAAUAGGACAAUCCUUACCCUGUUUGGAGGGUAUAGAGGUUUAUCACCGCCACCAACCAGUGCCAAAUAAUUGCAUCUGAACAACAUUUCCACAUAACUGAGACCUCCAUCAUCAAAAUCCUGUCUCACUUUUUCCUUUAACGGGUCGCAAUUGUAAAUGCGGAAACCCGUAUUUGUGGCACAAGCAAAACAACCUUAAAAUGUUUAUUUAUAAAUGAAAAUUUUUUUGCCUAGUUUAUACAAAGAGUGGUACCUUGAUCUUGAUUGAAUCCGGCAAAUAAUAGUCCGUUACCGUGCUGAUUGUCUCUACCCAAAUUCAUUUUUAAUUCGUUGCUUGUUUUGAACAAUUAGAAACAAUUUACAUUUUUGUUAUUAACAACAACACAAAUUUUGCUUUUCAGAGAAAAAUAUAUUCAUAACCUCAAACGGUCACACUUGACGUGUCUGUUGCUUAUAGCAACAAUUUGGCAACAUUGUAGAAAAGAGUUUCGAAGGCGUAUCGAUAUAAAUAAAUAUCGAUAUAUCGUAUCGAUAGGCUAGGUUAUAUUUGUUUAUGAAACCCAAACCAGUGUUUAAAUAAUUAAAAUGAACUUGCAAUUAUUUAUAUUAAUUACUACAGCGUUAACAAUAGUAAAUUGCAUCACAGAAGAAGACGAAGGAGUCAAAUACGCCAAUAGAUGUGAAGCCUGUAAAAUCCUAGCUAUCGAAUUACAAAGCCGCCUAGAAGAAACGGGAAAAACGCACGACGUAAUCGAAACCGGCUACUCGGUGGACGACAUCAAGCCGAAAAAGAAAAAGGACUACAAAAAAUCAGAGCUUAGGCUUAUAGAGUCCCUUGAUGGAGUUUGCGAUAGGAUUCUAAAAUAUAAUAUUCACAAGGAGCGCGAGGAUAGUACAAGAUUCGCCAAAGGCAUGAGCCAAACUUUUCAGACUUUGCACGGGCUGGUGGACAAAGGGGUCAAAGUGGAACUAGGAAUACCUUAUGAACUUUGGGAUCAACCCAGUGUAGAGGUUACCAAUAUGAAGACACAAUGUGAAACUAUGCUAGAAGAGUAUGAAGCGAGUAUAGAAAAGUGGUACUUCCAGCACCAAGAAGGCGGGGAACCUUUAAAAACCUUCCUAUGUGAAAAAUUAGUGCUAAAAGGACAAGACACAAAUUGUUUGAAUGAACAAUUAAAAGGGGAAACAAAUAAUAAUAAAAAAGAAGAAUUAUAAAUUACAUUUUACACAAUUUUAUCUAGUAGUAAUAUUAACUAUUUUUCUUGCUUAGGUUUCCUGAUAUGUUUAGCUUUGCCUCUCAGUACCCUCAUACGUUCCAUUUCCUCUUUGAAGUCCUCAUGUUCGUCCCUGAACAAACCAUAGUACCUUAAUUUCAUCAUCAACAGUCCAGUUUCUACAUGUCUAGGGUAAUAAUGGGUCAAUCGUCGCUUCA